UGCCUUUUAUUCCAGUACUCAACUGCUAUAAUAAUGAGGAGAAAGUAACUUUGCACAUAUUCAAUACUUCAUUUUAUUUAUAAAACAUGUAUCUUAUAUGUUACACUGCAUGUCAAGAUAAUCUAUUACAGAGACUGUCUUGAAGUAAGUGCUGAGGCAUUCAUAUCUACUGUAAUACCUACAGUGACCUACUUUCUUCAAUAUGGAUUAUAGCAUACAUGCUUUCUCUCUCUAAUCUGUUUCUGUCUGCUCUUUCUUUCUCACUUGCAUUGCUCUACUGCUGUCCUGACUUGAUCAAACAACUCUACGUCUAUCUACAUAUCACCAACAUUCUAAAGGAAAAAAGAAAUCCCGCAGCACCAAAUCUUUUCCCUUCUCCCUAUCUUCAGAAUGCUACUUGGUGAAUCAAAUACAAAGCAGUUUGCCAGAAAGUAUGUGUGAUUGUCCAAGCAUCCCAAAUGGCUCUGUGGAAGCAGCGCCUGGACAUCACCUUGAGUCCGUUUCUGAAGCAGAAAUAAUCACCAGUCUGGAUGGUGAGAGAGAGGAUGACACAUAUAUGCCAUCUGACGAUGACAUUGAGAAAUCCUUUCGAGUCAAUCAAGAUGGAAGCAUGACAGUAGAAAUGAAGGUACGCCUCACUAUUAAAGAGGAAGAAACAAUUCAUUGGACCACCACGGUUAGUCGUUCCAGUGUGUGCAAUCAAUUUCUAGCAGCCACCGUUCCCUGUCCUGACCUAGAUGCUAAUUUACCUGACAACUUACCCCCUCAAAAUGAUACUGCUGCCACAGAGGACAUCGAGAGUGACCCCAAUGACAGGAAGGAAGGCUGGUGUGUAAAUCAACAGAGUGAGAACAAUGGAGGCGCAGCAAGCAUGGAGUUAGAGAGGCUUCCUUCACCGCUUGCCCACUUGCACAAGGUACAACACAAACAAGGAUCUAUCGAGAGCAUCAUGACUGUUAGUGAUACAGAAAUUCAUGAGAUCUCUUCAUACUCUUACAUGGAAGAUCUGGACAAUGGAGAAGUGAACCAGGAAGACUGCAUGGCACAGCAUUGUAACCGCCCUAUACCCAAACCUCGAUGCACUCUGCCCUCCGAUAUGAACACCACCACAUGGCUCCAGUUCCAGGACAAUCAGAAAAAGACAUGUGAGACACUGUUACACAUCUAUGAAAUGCAGACUUGUCAAGAGAACUUCUCAGGAAAUACGCAACGUGGGUAUAUGGCAUCUUCUGACACAGUAUCCUCAGAAAAAACAUUCCAUUCCUUCAAUGAGGAAAUUAAAUCGGAGACCUUGACAACCAUCAAAAGUCAGUCAAUUGGGAUACAAGAUAUACUCUCCCCAAUGUCCAAACCUGCUUCCACAUACAAAACAAGCACCCCGUCAACACAAAGGGCCAAGGUGUCGGCAACACCAGUUACUGCAUCCCGAAAAGCCUCAGUAUCUAAAGGAGUUCCUACUGUUGAUACAACCGCAAAGAGGAAGCCAGUGAGAGUAAUAGUGAAAAAGAAUUACUUGUUUAAGUCUGCUAAUCCAGAAAGAAAACAGAGAGAUAAAAAAGAUGACAUCCUGAAAGAAAUAAAGAAAAUAAGAGCUGAUAUAUUAAGCCAGAAAGGAGCUAUGAAACAUUUCAGAGCAAAAGCUGCUCAAAAACUACUGAAAAGGAGAAAUAAUAGUGGAAACGGACCAAAGCCUCAAACAGAGCGUGAUCAACUUAAAACAGACAACCAGAGCCUAAUAUUGAUUGAAAGAGAACAAAAAAACGUACAAGUGCAAGCUGAUAGUUACACACUACCACAUGAAACUGGAGAUAAAGCAUCACUCAGCAAAGGCACAUUGACAGAAUAUGUUGAACUCUGGCUACAGAAAAGUGAACCUCAACUGAGUCCAGUGCACUCCUGUUUAGAAACUAUACCCAAAAAUAACACAAUGGUAAAAGCAUCACUGUUCAACUAUCAAUCUGCUAAGACAAUAAUACAACCAUCAACAAAGGACACGACUGAUGAGAAAGGGAUCCAUUUAUAUUCGCCAAACACCAAAAAGCCAGCACUUUUAGACAAAGAACAAAGUGAUCACUUAACAAAAACAGGUGGACAUCAACAGAUUUCUGAGCUAACAAGUAAGACCUACUCGUAUGACACAGAGAAUACUAUGAGGAUCCAAACAAAGCCUCUAACAGAACUGAUAGAUUUUCAAGCGCAAAAAUUCUACACAGUUAAAAUGGCUGUAAGGCCUGAUAUGAAGCCAGUACUUGAUCAGCUUUGCUAUGCCAUUCAGUCACUUCGUGAGAUCACACAACACAAGUGGUCAUUGUGUUUGAAAACGUCCAAAUGUGUGCCAGAUUUUUCUUCAAACUUGGCAUCUACAUUUGGCUCUUCCUCCAGGGUACUCCUUGCCUUUCUUUCUGUCAUGAUUUUAAAGGAUGGCUUAAGCCAUUUAAACACAUGUCACACUGAGACCAACCUAAGAUCUGAAGCUAUGCUCAUGCUGCAGUCUCUAAAUGAACUGGCAGUAAUAGAGGAUGCAGAGCAUCUAAGGACAAGUCUAUCUGACCUCUACAACUCAGCAUCUGUUCAGUUGCUACAGAACUGGAAGGGCUUCCAAGUACUGAGCAAUAAAGCAAGAAGUAGCAGUGCCACACCAGACACCACUGGGAGUGAGUCCCAUCACAGGCCAAGUUCAGAUGAGGAAGAACAUUCUAUCCAAGUGCUGAUGGAACAUUUAGGUGUUCCUGAGAGGGUCCGAGAGGAGCUAGCAGCCCUCAACCAUGUAGAUGUAGAGUACAUGAUAUGCAAUCAAAUGGAGGACACUGACAAAGUUAGUGAUUCAGUCCCAGAAAAUAAAAUUAAUGGCUGUUCAGAGCUCCACUCUAAAGAGCAGAUGGCUAUUUUCUCAGAUUUUACUCAGAUUCUGGAAGAUUAUGUGAGCAUCUAUGUUAAUUCAGUUAUUGAUAGAGCUAUAAAUGCACACCUUAAGGAUAGCGAAAAUUCACAGAUUUUCACGGCAGGCACACUAGCAAGACCUGAUAUGGACAAUCUUAUGAUUGCUGAUAGAUACCAAAAGGAUUUGAGAAAUGACUUUUCUAACAUAGACAGAACUUUUCAGGGUGAUGCAAUAGCUGACUCAGAUAUCUGUGAAGAUAUGCCAUCUAGUGAAUCUAGCUUUGGAGCUGAAAUGUGCAGAGAGAUGGGGUUAAAAAGAACAAUGCUGCAAGAAACUGAAAAAGUAAGACCCAAGCGACAAGAAGAAGAAACUGUCAAGAAACAUCAGGAAAAGGAAGAAGAGAUGAGAGUAGAAAGACAAUGGGAAAGUAAUAAGGGAAGAGGUACAUGGGAAGAAAAUAGUUCUGAAGAAGAGAAGACAUUAUUAAAAAAAGAAGAGGUCACAGGAAAAGUGGUAAAUGAGAUAGUAAAAGACAUAGACACUGUUGAAGAGGAAGGGAUUGAAUUAUCAGAGUUACUUGUUACCUGUACAGGAAAACUAAAUUUCUCUGUGAAUGAAAAGGUCAGCCAACAGGAGGAGAAUGAGAGCUAUUGUGAUGAGAUCUUUCCUGAGGAAAGGUCUUUCAAUGAAGAAAAGAGUCUUACUGUGAAAAGUUCUGGGCCGAAAGAUGUAGAAGAACAAAUAUGUUCAAAAGAGAAGAUAUCAGGACAUUGGGAAAAUGAGAUUCAGACCAUUCAAAACCAAGAUCAGUUACACAAUAAAACAAAGAGAACCGAGAGGGAUGUAGCAUUACCUGAGGUGCAAGGUAUUUCUCAUUUUGUUCAUAUUGAAUCAAAUAUGGAAGUGGAUGAAAUACAACAUCAAGACUUGAGUAUGGAAAGUAGGACUUAUUCUGAAGAGGAACAUAUGAUCCUAGAAGCGCCAGAAUGCUACACAGUCUACCAGGAGAACUUUGAGGAGAUGUCUGAGGAAGCCACUGAGUGUGAAGAAAAUGAGACUGAUUUUAAGGAAGAAAAGUCAAGCACUGUUGCAAAUCUUAUCAGCAGUCUACAAGACCAGGAACAAUCAGUGAGUAAGAGACCUUAUAAUACAGCACAGACAUUUGGCAAGCAGCUCUUGAACCACAUCAAUGAACCAAAUCUAGAGGCAGCAGAGAUUACCAAAACCACAGAGAGGGCAUCAAUAGAUUCUGUCUCAUCAUCAUUAGCAUUCAGCUAUGAUUCCAAAAGCAGAGAUUCAGAGGUACACAUUCAGACCAACCGAGUGAAAUCCAUCAGAGACAUGUUUCUUGCUAAAAACAGUACAGACAUACAGACACAGCCGUGCAGCCCAAGUUCUGAUUUGUCAGAUGACCAUGAAUCUUCUGACAGAAAUGAACACCAAUCCUCAUCAUCCUCAGAGGCAUCGAGAGAAGAGAAAGACGCAUGCAGGUUGGCCAUCGCCAAGGGUUAUGUAAAAAGAACUAUUGAGCGGCUUUAUGGACAAGCCUCUAAAGGACCUAGUUCUGAUGAGAAGAGAUCUUCUUCAGCCCACAAAGUCAAGAAAAGAGAAGGCCUUAGAAGUACAAAUGCCCCCAGGCUGCCCUCCAUCAAUGAGGCUCACACAAAUUCCACACCAGAUUUGUCAUACUUUAAUGCCACAAGUUUAGGAGACAGCUUCAAUGAGCCAACACAUUGUAUCACUCUGAAUGCCAGGGUGGGACCAAAGGAUGCAGUCCUAAUUGAUAAGGGGCGCUGGUUAUGUAGGGAAAACCAAAUGAGUCCGAAAUCUUGUCCAGAGAAUGAAGACACACCCAAGCAUGUAAAAGAGAAAAUUGGAUUGGCUGGGUCAGAGCAGGAUUCUGGGAAAGAGGAUAUUCCAUAUUCCUUAUUUGGCCAUUCUCCAAUGAUGCCUGACAAGGAUCCGUCUUUCACAGAGGAAGGGGAAAAUACAGGGUGCCCCGGGAAAACGUUCACCUACUUUCACCUUCCAAAUGCCAGUGAUUCCGAGGUACAGUCAGAUGAGCAAAAAACUGACACUCCAAAGGGGACAACAGAAAACAAGGUUACUCCUUUUGCAGAGCCUCCUAAAUGUGCUGAAAAACACAGCAUUGUAGCGGUCUUCACACCACCCUCAAAUAAGGUGCAUCCAAUGAUAGAAACUACACCUCCAAUAGUUACCCAGCCAACCAAAGGACAAAGUGCUGAAGUCACAAGACGCUCUGCAGAACCUGAUGCACUGGAGAUUCUAUACAUGUUUUGUGGACAGCACUGCCCCAUUCUCUAAACCUGCUUCAGAUUGUGAAAUAACUUAUUUGCACUUAAAUUGACCUUAAUCCUCACCUCGACAUUGGCAAUGGCCACCAACAUGAACCCAAACUAAGAAAAAAAAUGCUACACUGGCUUUGGGCAAGCUUUCAAGUACCUUAAAGAAUUUGUCAAAUAAAGUUUGGUGGGAAGAUCUUUGCAAAAGAUAUCUGUGCAUGAGUGUUGAAGGUGAUAUUACAACCAGUGGUGCCACUGCCUGUGCGCAAAAAUGCACACUGCCUAGUAUGUCAAUAUAAAUUCAACGACAUCAUUGCUAACUUGUGUAUGUCAACAAUAAUGCAUGCCAUUAAUCAAUGAGAAUGUUAUAUUGUUCCAAAACAGAAUGCUUCUCAAUCCAUCUAGACCAGGAACCUUGGUUCACUAAAACAUUCCACCAUUAUGGAGAAAUUGUACCAUACUAAACCAUGUUCUAAUGGAAAAUUGUGGACAGAACCAGUCAGCCCAAUGGGGGAAAUUUUAGAAGGAGACAGUUAAUUAAUGGCAUCAACAAGGUUUUAUCAUGACUCCUUUAGUACAUUAUAAACAGAGAUUACGCUCAAAACCCUCGGGGCAACAACUCUCCGGCCUUUGUUCGCUCAACAACUCUUGGGCGCUUCUCAUUUCACGAAUUGUGCAUCCUUGUUUCCUUUUCCAUCCUUGUUAGCUUCUCACAACUAGGAUGUGAGGAAAGAGCAUAUUUUGCAAACGCCACUGUACAGUAGCCACGCCCCAAACUAUCCACCUGCUACAGUAGCCACCCUCGAACUCUCGCUAUUGGCAGAGCUGAAAGAGAUUGGUGGAUUUGGGCGGAUGCUCUCAAUGUUUAGAUUGUGUUUGGGGCUCAAUGUUUAUACUUUUGGGGGAGAUAAACCCAUGAAUGGCAAACUAAUACUAGUCAAUCAACAAGAAAGACUUCCGCAUAGGAUACACGUGUGCAAUUAAAGCUGUGCAGUUAGAGAAUUGAGAUGUUCUUCAAGAUGGAUAACUUUGAUCAAUUUCAAAAUUCAAAUGCUGUUCAGGUAAAUAGCCAGGUCUAUAAGGCUAGCAACUCAUUUAUUACCUCUUUGUCCACAGACAGAAGGUACCUGUGAGUGAACGUCUAAACAAAGGGCAUAUUGCUUCAUCGCUUCGUCUUUUUGCCCAAAGCAUAGAACACACAUUCAUGCCAAGUCAUGUGAUUUCUCUUCACCUAACAGUGUAUGUUUGUAUGUUGUAUGACCAUGCUGCCUGUGACCACUAAGGGAAAGUUGGAAAUAUCACAUUUAUUUUUAACAAUUAUAAAUUUGUGUUUGUACUUUUUAUUUGUUUGUAAAUGCAAGGCUUUUUAGAAAUGUCGAGGAUACGGUAGAUUCAUACAAACUUGUGUUUUUAUUUCAGUAGUUUUUAUUUCAUAUAUCAUACACACUUAAAAAUAAAGGUUCCAAAAAGGGGGUUUUCACAGCAAUGCCAUUGAAGAACCGGGUUAGGUUCCUAAAGAACCUUCUCGGUUAUACUUUAUUUUGAUGGUCCACUUUAGAUAUGCUAGUAUCUGAAGUCGACCAUCAAAAUAAAUUGUUACCACCUUUUCUUUUCUUUCUUUUUUUUUUUUACUAUAAAUAACCUAUAGUCCAUUAAGAACCUUUAUUUUUAAAAGUCUCUUUUGGAAAUAUGAGUGUGAAGAAGCUCAAUACAGUAAGACAGAGAGUGUGUUGUACUGUACACAACAAAAUGUAGAAAAAAACUUGUACUGUUUUGUCAAAAUGCAACUCCUCAAUCAAUGGCAGCUGAUGUGUAUUAUUAUUUUUUAAAACAAAAAUGUAAUAAUUUGUUCAGUAAAACAUUGUUUAUUAUGUCCUCUUUUUCAUGAACUGGAGAUAUGUCUCUCUCUGCCAUAGACUGUAAAUCAACUUAGUGGCAGCAGAAGUUUCCAUAAAAUUCUUGACAUUAAAGAUGUCGAAUUAUUCAUUGUGUCCUUAUAUUUUUCUACAUACCUGUGAUUUUUGUUUUGUU